AUGCAUAACUCCGAAUGGGUGGACGAUCCGGAAGGAGCUAGAAGCAGGCCGGGUUCUAGAAGGAACUCCGGCCCGUUCUCCAGGAGAAGCAGCAUAAAGAAGGAGCCGGAAGGGAAGAAAAACACGCCACCAAAUUCAAGCUCUUCUACCCCAAAGAAAAUACACAAACCGCUGAAUCCAGACUUUGUUGUUACUGGAAAACCAUUGUUAAAAAAAGGUGACAGAGCAAACUCCCUCCCCGGAUCGUAUCAUCGCAGACCGUCAUCCGAAUCGUUGCUUAAAACAAAAAGGAGCGUCGAUUCACCGAAACGAAGCAACACAGCAAAAUCAAACAGUCGCGAGGCGUCACUGGAAGAUGACAUGUCCUUGGAUUUAUCCCAGGUCUCGGACUUCGAAGAUCUUAGUCUGAAAUACGGUUUGAAGGACAAACUGGCUCCCCUAGCGACCUCUACACCAAAGAGGUUAUGCCAAAAAGGUAGAAGUUCUUCCGUUCAGAUCCCCAGCUCUUAUCCGAGGGAAGCCAAGAAAGAAGUGAGGGUUCUGGAGUCCAAGAAGAGCAGGGACAGUGUUAUGUCGUCAAGGGACAGUGUAUAUAAGACGUCUUCUAGCGGGACUUAUAGUAUACAUUCUACAAGACGCCCAGUGAGUACAGAGUUAGACUACUCCUCUAUGUCUCCGGAGUACUCCGCAGCGUCAUCUGGGGACAGCGUCGCGGGCGUUGCUGAGACCCUGGUAUCACCGCGGAGCCAAGAUCUGCAGGACAGCUUCAGCGUGAGCACGUGGCAGGAGUGCAGUGAGCGCGGAGAAGGCGAAUGGGGCCACUUUUGGGCGAACUAUAACAACUCGCUGGCGAGGGUACCCGUCAGCCGCUAUUACGACCAGUGUCCCACGCCCUACCGCUCCGAGGACAUAGAGCUGGCGGACUUAGAAUUUUCAACAGACGGUUCCAGAAAACGUUCUCCGGAGAACAUUAAAACCAUAAACAGCAUAAUCAGAAAUGAAGGGAUACGUCUGACACCCCGAGAAACUCAAAAUGUUAUUAAAUGUGCUCACAUACUUGGUAACGUCCUUACAAAAGCCAUAGAAAGGCAAACUAAAGACCGGGACUACAUUUCAGAUAAAAUACAAGAGCUGAAAAUUGAGAAACCCAAUCCUGAAACAGAAAUUAAAAAGAAAAACUUAUCUCUGAAUCUGAAAGAGACGGUCUUACCUCUAGAAGUGAAAGAGGAAAAGAGAUGGGAAUCUGUGCCGACGCAAACUGACAUUUCGCUUCCAAAUACGAAAAGCGCGCCGAAAAUUUUCGAAAGCAUCUUACGUCAAUUGUCUAUGACUUCUACAGAAGAAGAUAAAGCUAAUAAUGAAGUUAUGGAAAAGAAAAUCGAGACACCGAAUAAUUUGGACAAUAAUGGGGUGUUAAAUGUUAUUUAG